AUGGUGGGGCAGAGCCCCCUGGGCCCCGGCGAGGGCAGGGCCAGUGUCCUCCUGGAGCCCUUCGUGCACCAGGUGGGAGGCCACACCAGCAUGCUGAAGUACGAUGAGCACACGGUCUGCAAGCCCCUGGUGUCGCAGGAGCUGAGCUUCUACGAGUCGCUGCCACUGGCCAUGAGGCAAUUUACGCCCCAGUACAAAGGCAUCGUUUCAGUGCACCUCAGGAAGGACAGUCUGGGCAACCCGACGCUGAUCGCCAGCCCUGGGCUGCAGCAGGAGAGCUGUGCCCACCGGGACCAGGCCGUGGGUGACCCCGCAGUGACCAUCUGGCACACCAGCCAGCGCGGCGGCGAGCGCACGCUCGUCACCUGGAGCCACACGCAGGUCACCAAGACCUUCAAGGACAGCUGCCCAGGGAAGAUGCUAUUGAGGACAGACCUUCAGUACCACACAGAUUCCCUUCUGGAAGAUGCAAAUGGAAACCAGGCAGAAAGAAAGAGCUACAACCCCUGGGGACUGCACUGUCACAGGCAGCACCUGCACCGCAUGUCCUCCAAGCACAACGAGAACAAACUGCAUCAGUUCCUCCUGCUGGAGAACGUGGUGUCCAAGUACAGCUACCCCUGCAUCCUGGACCUGAAGAUGGGCACGCGGCAGCACGGGGACGACGCCUCGGAGGAGAAGAAGGCUCGGCACAUCAAGAAGUGUGAGCAGAGCACCUCAGCGUCGCUGGGCGUCCGUGUCUGCGGCAUGCAGGUUUACCAAGAGGACACUGGCCAUUUCCUGUGCAAAGACAAGUACUAUGGCAGGACACUCUCCCCCGAGGGGUUCAGGCAGACCCUGCGGCAGUUCCUGUGCAACGGGAACCACCUGCGGACGGAUGUGCUGGAGCCCAUCAUCCUGCGCCUCAAGGCUCUGCUCUCUGUCAUCAGGAAGCAAAGCUCCUACCGCUUCUACUCCAGCUCCCUCCUCAUCAUUUACGACGGGCAGGAGCCCAAGGAGAGCACAGCAGCCCUGGAUCACCACCUGCCCUUCCCGCCGCCGCGCCGCGCCCUGCCGCGCGCCGCGAGUCCCUCCAGGGUGGACGUGCGGAUGAUUGACUUUGCCCACACCACUUUCCAGGGCUCCAAGAGCAAUCCCAUCCCACACGAUGGGCCUGACCACGGCUAUAUCUUUGGCCUGGAGAAUCUCAUCAAAAUCCUUCAGAAUCUCUCGGAAGGAAAGUGA